AUGUCGAUGUUUCCCGAUCCUCCGCAAGAUCCCCGUACAGAUGAGGCCGGUCCGAAUCUCCAUCUCAUGACAACCGCUAGCACACCGGCAACCCCAGGCCCCUCAACUCCAACAACCGUUCGGCCCUUGCCUUUGGCUCAAUUAAAGAUUGACGACCAUGAGGACGACAUUGACAUUGUGCCUCCUGUGCGCCCCAGCAGCACCCCAUUUCCACAGGCCGACCUUGCCGAAGGGGACAUCCACUGCUUGCAACGCUGGAGUGAGGGAGCCCGCGUGGAUGGCGUGGCCCAACUGAUCAUUCCCUCGGCGUCUUCCAGUUCACCACUUUGCAACUUACCAACGGAGAUCCACGAAUGCAUCCUUGACCACCUUUUUGGCAUCAGGGCAUCGGCUUCUUCAAGGACCAUGGGUGCAGGACAGUCGAAGGUUUUGCGAGGUUGGGGUACAGCAUUAAGACACUCGAGACGACGAGAGGUUGCGGAGCUGGCACUGGUGAGCCGAAAAUGGAGGCACUUGAUUCAAGAUCGGCUGUACCGUCAUCUAAAGAUCAAGGGCACCAGGCAAUCAGUAGAACAGGCCAUCGUAUGGUUCCACCUACAUCCUCACCUCUGCCCCUACGGCAAACACAUCGAAAUCUGGUUUCCCGUGUUUCAGCAAAAGAACCCAGCCUUUGACAGAACUCUUCGUGUCCCUACUCCGGACCGCUCAGCAUCGAUUCGGUCCAAUGCGCCUCCCGGGGGGAGUAUUAGUACUGUGACCUACCAGAGCCCGUCUGAUAAUUGCACAUUAGAGGAGAUCUUUAGAUUCAUUCAGUUGACAUUCGGGGAAGCCUGCAUCUUGACGCUAGAGGGUGGAGAUAGGAAAAAGCCCCCAAUGGUCAGGCACUUUCUCAAUCCGUCAUACCCCGAGCCACUACCUGUUAUUAGCCAGAUCAGGACCUUGGUAUGCAAGGGCCAAUGGAAUAUAAUGAGAUGCAAUGAGGACUUCCAGAAUAUCGUCGCUGCGUUGCCCAACCUCAAUGAGUGGCAUGGCCUUUACGCCAAACCGAAGUCGAAGAGCUACAUAUCCAUGGCGGCGACACUUCCUAAUAUCCCGCAGCACCUUACACAUCUCAAUCUAUGCCUCGAAAAUGACUAUCGACGAGAAGCCGUCUCUCCUCUCUUCGUAAAGAAAGUAGGUAUCAAAACACACUUUUGUGCCGAGCUAGCAAAGGCAAUCCCAACUCUAGAGCAUCUUGCAUUCACGGGCCGGAUUUGUCGCUGCUUCUUUGAUGAUACAGCAAAACUCUCGAAUCCACGGACUUCACGGCUGAAGAGUAUCGACUUCAUUGUCAAGAAUAUAUGUAGACCAACAUUUGUUUGGAAUGAUGGCACAGGUAUCACCGAUCUACCAUUCAUCCAAGCUUUCGAAUCCCUGGUCCUUGCUGGAAUUAGGUCCCUUGACAAACUCCCAGCGCUGGAAUUCCUGAGGAUCCGCUUCAUCGAUCUGGAAUCGCAAUUGCCCGCUCUGAACCCUUACUUCCAGCUUCAAAACAACCAAUGUACUGGAAUCUGGAGCGAUCCGAUUGUGGGAACACUCUCGCGGACCAGACCUGUAGCGGCAUUUGUCGAGAAAUCCGAAACUUUUAGCGGGAUCUGUCCCAGCGAUGGUCAGCUUCUGACUCCUGCAACUUUCUCCAAAACUCGGCCACUAUCUAUCAAAGUCUCAACCUAUCAGUCACUCACGGGUGGAAUCAACAUCACCUAA